GCAGCGUGCUGAGCGAGCGCGGCGGGCGCGCGGCCCUGGCAGCCCCACGCCCCUGCCUCUCGCGCUGCCCGCGCCAUGAAGCACAUCCCAGUUCUCGAGGACGGGCCGUGGAAGACCGUGUGCGUGAAGGAGCUGAACGGCCUCAAGAAGCUCAAGCGGAAAGGCAAGGAGCCGGCGCGGCGCGCGAACGGCUAUAAAACUUUCCGAUUGGACUUGGAAGCGCCCGAGCACGGCGCCACCGCCACCAACGGGCUGCGCGACAGGACCCAGAGGCUGCAACCGGUCGCGGCCCCGGUGCCAGCCCCGGUGGCGCCGGCUGUUCCUUCAGGUGGGGGUGUGGACCCAGCCGGGGAGCGCCGGGGCGCUCGGGCGCCGGAGGUCUCGGACGCGCGGAAACGCGGCUUCGCCCUGGGCGCAGUGGGGCCGGGACUCCCCACGCCGCCGCCGCCGCCGCCGGCUCCGGCGUCCCAGGGCCCGGUAUCUGGGGGUCCCGAGGCGCAGCCUUUCCGGGAACCCGGCCUGCGUCCCCGCAUCUUGCUGUGCGCACCGCCUGCACGACCCACGCAGUCGGCGCCCCCUGCGCCCCCGGAGUCUUCAGUGCGCCCGGCGCCCCCCACGCGCCCCGGGGAAAGUUCUUACUCGUCAAUUUCACACGUAAUUUACAAUAACCACCAGGAUUCCUCCGCGUCGCCUAGGAAACGGCCGAGCGAAGCGACCACUGCCGCCUCGGAGAUCAAAGCCCUGCAGCAGACCCGGAGGCUCCUAGCGAACGCCAGGGAGCGGACGCGGGUGCACACGAUCAGCGCAGCCUUCGAGGCGCUCAGGAAGCAGGUGCCGUGUUACUCAUACGGGCAGAAGCUGUCCAAGCUGGCCAUCCUGAGGAUCGCCUGUAACUACAUCCUGUCCCUGGCGCGGCUGGCCGACCUCGACUACAGUGCCGACCACAGCAACCUCAGCUUCUCCGAGUGUGUGCAGCGCUGCACCCGCACCCUGCAGGCCGAGGGCCGUGCCAAGAAGCGCAAGGAGUGACCAGCCCUAGGCUUGACCAAGGAUGCUGCUGCGGGCUCUCGCUCUGGCCAAGCCUGAGGAGAAGGUGAGCUCUCCAGACCCAGCCUGGUCUUCUCCAGGAUGCUGCCAGACGCUCGGACCACUGCCUCUCAGGGUGGGGCGGGGGCACACCCGCCUCCCUCCCGCCCUCCUGUCCCCCAUCAGCCACUCUGGUGACUGUGCACUUUGCCUUCCACAUGGGGGGGAGGGCAGAGCAACGCCUCCCCCUUGCCCCGGGCCCGAGGCCUCUGUCUGGCUGCAGAAAUUCAUUGCCAAAGAUCCACAGAGACACUGAAGAAACUAUGUUGACAAAGACCCACAGUGAAAAUCCACAUCAUUGCUCUAGGAUGUUCGCUCCUCCUGCUGCCUGAGUUCCACCUCAAGCCAAAGACGAGUCUGUGAUCCCACCGGAAACUCACGGAAGGGAUGGACAUUUGGUGACCAUUGGAAGUGGUUGACCCUCUGACCUGGGACUCUAUGAUGGGUCCGGAGCUGGCUGGGUAUAAGAUAAGCCUUUUGGGGGCUGUGAGAGGGGGCUGGAGGUGCUUGUAUGGGCUGCGAUGUGGGGUCCUGGCCCUCUUCUCUCCUUCCCACUGGCUGUCUAGGCCUCUGACUCUGAUUGUCAGUGUUCCCGGACCAGGCUUUUUGGGCCCUGAGCAUCAUGGCAAGGGACUAAGGGGGGAAAGAAGCCAUAUUGACCACCUUGUACCCCACACCAGGGUCUUGCCCCCCACAAGGUGACCAGCCUAAAGGGUCUUUGCUCCCCAGCCAGCCACUCCUUGCCCAUGGCCCACCCUCCUGGCUGGGAAAACAAGAUGGUGCCCUGCAUGAAGGCCAGAAGUCUGUUCCCAGUUAUGCAGGGGGUGGAACGAGGGAAGGAAGGGACCAGGGGAAUGGGCCAGUAAGGUGGUGAGGGGCAUGUUCAAAGCCAAGGCCUAUUCCUUCCUUGUGCUCAAAAGGCCAAAGCUGUUCACAUCUGUGCUCAACCAUCUGCUUCAAAUUGAAGUAAAAGCCCAAACAUCUAAAGAAAACA